AAUGUCUUUAGGAAGCUGUCAGCUACAGUAAUGUAGCUGCUCAGGAACUUUAAAGAUGAAUGUGCUUAAGUACUCUCAGUGGGACUUUCUUUUUACUUCAGCAGGUCUGCCCCUGUUUCUAUUCGACAUUGUUAUGGACGUUCUGGCUGCUGUGAACUUUUAUAAGGAGGAGGCCUACCUGUGCCUCGCUGUGCUGCUGGUGCUACUUAUUGGCUCCUCUGUGCUCGCACAGCUUUACAGCUGGCUCUGGUACAGCUACGAUGAAUUUAAGAUGGAAACAAAACUCGAAGACUUUCUGAAGCCCAUCCUUGGAGUCUUGCAUAUGUUCCAGCUGGGGAUGUACAUCAGACAUCUAGCCGUCUUGGAGGCCUUCAUGCCGAACUCCAACUCAAACCCCAGCUGGCCAACAGAUGUGGUCGUGUACAUGAACCACGACCUGAACCUGCUGCGGUUCAUGGAGACCUUCUGGGAGAGUGCUCCUCAGAUCGUCCUCAUGCUCACAGUCAUCAUGCAGGAGGGAAAGCCAGGUCCCAUCACAGUGCUGAAGACCAUCUGCUCGCUGUCGACCGUUGCUUUCUGCGUGACCACGUACCACCGUUGCCUGCGCUCCUUCCUGCCAGAUAAGAAGAAACAGCCAAUCAUCUCAUCGAUCGUCUACUUCCUCUGGAACCUGCUCCUCCUGUCGUCUCGCAUCGUCGCCCUUGCCCUCUUUGCCUCUGAGGAGCCCUGCUUCAUCUUCACCCACUUUUUCUGCUCCUGGCUGGUGCUGUUCUUCUUCGCCUGGUGCUCCAAGACAAAGUUAAUGGACAGUGCAGGGGGGGAGUGGCUGUACCGGGCCACAGUGGGCCUCAUCUGGUACUUCGACUGGUUCAACGUGGUGGAGGGGCAGAUGAGGAAACAGAUGAUAGUGUACCACACCUACAUCCUGGUGGAUAUCUCCGUCCUCUGUGGAGUGUGGUACUGGAAGAUGAGCUUGGAUCCUCCUCCCCUUGAAAUCUCAUGUUUGCAGGCUGUCAUCAUUAGCGGCGCCGUGGUCUCAGUUUAUAUCAUGGGGUUGAUUUGUAAGAUCAUUUAUUACCUGUUCUUCCAUCCAAAGUUGUACAAAAAAGAGCUGAUAGGAGACAUCGUGAAUGAGCGUCAGGGAGAUGAAGUAGACUUUGGUCCCAGAGCCAGCGCUCCAGGCGUCGCUCCUGUUGACAACACAUCUGAUGUGCUUUGUAGAAUUCCCUGCAUGCCCAGCGGGCUGAACCAACAAGUUCAUUGCAACAAGAGGACGAAGAAGCUGGCUGAGAAUUUUUACUCAAGAUCAGUUGAGGGUGUUGAAGCCUGAAUGCUGCAGCAUGAGGAACGUGAGGGUUCCUCCACAGAGACACUCUGAGUCACUCAGCUGCAUGCUCCUGUGUGCCAAAAACCUGAAUGAACCAAACUUUAUUUAACCUGCUCCUCCUUUUAAGGGUCAGCCUAGAGACUCACUCUGAAUCCGUGCUGUUCCUCAGGACCAGAUAUAAUCACUCAAAUAUGAUACUUGCAAUAUAUUCCAACAUAGCUGGGACAUGGUCAUGUUCAGCGCUGUGUUACAUCACCUUUCCUUUUAUCAGUCAGUAAGUGUUUGGGAACUGAAGAGACUAAUUAUUGUAUUUUGUGCCACACAUUUUCAACGGGAGACAGGUCUGGACUGUAGGCAGGCCAGUCUAGCACCAGAACUCUUUUACUGCGAAGCCACGCUGUUUGAACAUGUGCAGAAUGUAGCUUGGCAUUGUCUUGCUGAAAUAAGAAGAGACGUCCCUGAAAAAGACGUUGCUUGGAUGGCGGCAGAUGUUGCUCCAAAACCUGUGUGCACCUUUUAGCAUUACAUUCACAGAUGUGUCAGUUGCCCAUGCCAUGGGCACCAACCCACCCCCAUACCAUCACAGAUACUGGCUGUUGAACUUUGGACUGACAACAUUCCAGAAAGUUCUUUUCCUCUUUGGCCCAGAGGACACGAUGUCCAUGAUUUCCAAAAACAACCUGAAAUGUGGACUCAUCAGAUCAGAGCACACUUCAAUU